AUGACAAGUCCGUUAUUCAGGCAUCAAUACAGAGGUUUAUAUUCAGAUUUUGAUUUACAGAUGAAGCUAUGGAGCUUCAUGCUUGAGACUUGGGUUGGAGGCAGCCAAAAGAUCUUGUUGCAUUGUACUGGAGAAGUGGUCAAAAAGGCAACAUAUCUAGACGAAAGCAACAUUAUAGAAGUAAAAUGGCCAAUCAUUCAGAUUGUGGGCCCGAAUGCGUACUUGUGCACAAUGAGAUUAGAUGCCAAACAGCUGUAUGUGCUUGAAGAAGUUUAUGCUUUUCCCUUUUCCAACUCCUUGUUUGAAAUCCGGUAUGGAGGUAUUAACUCAACUGAAUAA